AUGGCACCGCGAAAUACUCUCUCCGCGGAAUCCGCUGAGCAUCAUAGCCCGUUCAGUCGGUCUUUUCAAUCCAGUUCGCCGCUUGCCGAGGCCGCCAUUGCCCGCGAUCUGGCCCAGUAUGAUGACGAUGAUCAUGAUGACUCCGCUAUCUCCAGCACCGACAACACCUCCGAAUCGUCGACGGUCCGCGCUCCCAGUAGCCAUGUCGCCACCAACCCGCACUCGCUAGCUGGUUCCUACCGGCGCCCAAGCUUCUUCACCUCCGGCAAUCACGGCACCGUGGUCCCAUCGCCUGGUGAUUACCAACCCUUGACACAAAGUGAGCGAGAACAGGCCAUUGAGGAUGAAAGGCAUUUGCUCAGCGAUAACCAGUUGAUCGCCCCGGAGCAUGCCCAUGCCCAUACCCAUGGUAAAUCCCACGGCCUGCAGCAUAAACUGAGCAGUCUAUUCUCGACCUCACCAGGUCAAGGAAGCUCGUGGAAACGACAUGAUUCCUUCCAUAGCGCUGACUGGCGGAGCCCAGCAGUCGCAGACCCCACAGAAACUUCGGAAACAACAGCUUUGCUAGGAUCCCCGGGAGGUGACCACCAUGAAAUGAACGCGGAGGAAAUUGAUCGGAAAUGGGAAGAGGCCGUAACGGCAGGAUUGAUCAAUACGACAUGGAGACGGGAGGCCCAAGUGAUCGGUCGGUACUCCUUACCGUUAAUGGUGACUUUCCUGCUUCAAUACUCCUUGACGGUGGCCAGUAUCUUCACAAUUGGGCACCUGGGCAAGGAGGAAUUGGGUGCUGUCAGUCUAGCCAGUAUGACAGUCAGUAUCACUGGCAAUGCCGUGUUCUCGGGUCUUGCAACGAGCUUGGAUACCCUCUGCGCUCAAGCUUACGGCUCCGGCAAGAGAAAGCUGGUCGGCCUGCAGAUGUUGCGCAUGGUCUACUUCCUAUGGGUAGUGACCGUCCCAAUUGCCGUGCUCUGGUAUUACUCCGAGUAUAUCCUGGCUAAGAUCGUUCCGGAGAAGAGAGUGGCCGAGAUGGCUGGUCUGUACUUGAAAGUUGCUCUUUUAGGAGCGCCGGGAUUUGCAUGCUUUGAAAGUGGCAAGCGCUACCUGCAAGCACAGGGUGUCUUCUCUGCUUCGUUGUGGGUGCUGCUUGUGUGUGCCCCACUGAAUGCCUUCAUGAAUUGGUUCUUCAAACUCGGAUGGGGCUUUAUCGGAGCGCCUAUCGCCGUUGUCAUCACCGAGAAUCUUAUGCCAAUCUGUCUGUUUGCAUAUAUCUAUUUCAAAGUAGGAUCUGAAUGCUGGUGCGGAUUUACGAGACGGGCCUUCGACAACUGGGGCCCGAUGAUACGCCUAGCCUUGCCGGGACUGAUCAUGGUCGAGGCGGAGUGUCUGGCCUUUGAAGUACUCACCCUGGCUUCUAGCUACCUUGGAACUUCUGAGCUCGCUGCGCAAUCUAUCUUAUCCACCAUAUCAAGCAUCACUUGGCAGAUUCCCUUCCCACUUUCGAUCGCAGGAUCUACUCGGGUUGCAAACUUGAUCGGUGCCACCUUGCCCGGAGCUGCAAAGAUCUCUGCCAAAGUCACCUUCUGCGGAGCUAUCAUUGUCGGGCUGUUCAACAUGGUCUUGCUCUCGUCUCUGCGGUCAUAUAUCCCAAGGCUAUUCAGCUCCGAUGCCGAUGUCAUUGAAAUUGUUGCCGAGGUUCUUCCGCUGUGCGCAGCAUUCCAGCUAUUCGAUGCGAUCGCAGCUGUGACGAAUGGAAUUCUUCGUGGACUUGGCCGACAGGAAAUAGGCGGUUACAUUCAACUGUUCUGUUACUAUGCCAUCGCCAUGCCUAUCAGUAUGGGAACGACCUUCAGCUUGGGCUGGGGUGUGAUGGGUCUCUGGACUGGUGUCGCUCUGGCUCUGCUACUAGUUUCCGCGAUUGAGUGUAUCUUUAUUAGAUACAUCAGUUGGGAACGGUCAGUUGAAGAAGCUAUAGCGCGAAAUGAAACCCUCUAA